GUGAAAAUAAGGUUUCUGUGGUGAGACACCAGAUAAACUCAACUUCCUCUUUCAACAACAAAUGUGUCAGUUAUUAGCAGGAUCCAUGCUGCCAGAGUAAAGCUUUUUACCCUUUGCUCCCUGCAAAGAAACAAGAGUGCUUAUCCCAGCUAAGCUCCAGGGAACUGUAAAUCCAUGACUUACUUUGACGAAUAUACUGAAACAUUCAAGAUGCAUAGCAACAGUACCAGCACUGCUGAGACUUACUGUAAUGUCACUAAUGUGAAAUUUCAAUACUCCCUCUAUGCAACCACAUAUAUCCUCAUUUUCAUUCCUGGUCUUUUGGCUAACAGUGCAGCCUUGUGGGUUCUAUGUCGCUUCAUAAGCAACAAAAAUAAAGCCAUAAUUUUCAUGAUCAACCUCUCUGUGGCUGACCUUGCUCACGUAUUAUCUUUACCCCUCCGGAUUUACUAUUACAUCAACCACCACUGGCCUUUCCAGAGAGCCCUUUGCCUGCUCUGCUUCUACCUAAAAUAUCUCAACAUGUAUGCCAGCAUUUGUUUCCUGACGUGCAUCAGUCUUCAGAGGUGCUUUUUUCUCCUCAAGCCCUUCAGGGCCAGAGACUGGAAGCGUAGGUACGAUGUGGGCAUCAGUGCUGCCAUCUGGAUCGUUGUGGGGACUGCCUGUUUGCCAUUUCCCAUUCUGAGAAGCACAGACUUAGAGAACAACAACAAGUCCUGCUUUGCUGAUCUUGGAUACAAGCAAAUGAAUGCAGUUGCAUUGGUCGGGAUGAUUACAGUUGCUGAGCUUGCAGGAUUUGUGAUCCCAGUCAUCAUCAUCGCAUGGUGUACCUGGAAAACUACUAUAUCCUUGAGACAGCCACCAGUGGCUUUCCAAGGGAUCAGUGAGAGGCAAAAAGCAGUGCGGAUGGUGUUCAUGUGUGCUGCAGUCUUCUUCAUUUGCUUCACUCCCUAUCAUAUUAACUUUAUUUUUUACACCAUGGUAAAGGAAACCAUCAUUAGCAAUUGUCCCAUUGUCCGAAUCGCACUGUAUUUCCACCCUUUUUGCCUGUGUCUUGCAAGCGUCUGCUGCCUUUUGGAUCCAAUUCUUUAUUACUUUAUGGCCUCAGAGUUUCGUGACCAACUAUCCCGCCAUAGCAGUUCUGUGACCCGCUCCCGCCUCAUGAGCAGAGAGAGUGGUUCUUCAAUGAUUGGUUAAAA